ACUGCGCGCGUCACUCGCGACUGCACCGCGCACGAUGAGCGUCGUCGUACUCGCGCUGUGUGUGACCAUCUCCGCUCUGCUGUACUACCUGUCUGUGAGGAAGUUCAGCUACUGGAGGAACAAGAAUGUGCCGCAUCUCAAACCGCUGCCGCUGCUGGGCAACUAUGGCGAAUACAUUUUAAUGAAGAAAUAUGUCGGCCAUGUCACCCAGGAAAUGUGUCGUAUAUUUUCGAAGGAACCUUACUUCGGCGCUUUCUACGGCACGGAGCCGACCCUCGUGGUCCAAGAUCCGGAGAUCAUUAAACUGGUGUUCACUAAGGAUUUCUACUAUUUCCACAGCAGAGAAAUCGCAAAAUACACGCCUAAUGAAGUGACAACACAAAACCUCUUCUUUACGCAAGGAGACAAAUGGAAGGUGGUGCGACAGAACUUAACACCUUUAUUCACUUCGGCAAAAAUGAAGAAUAUGUUUUAUUUGAUAGGAAAAUGUGGGCAUACAUUGGAAAAGUUGUUGGACGAAGAAACAGCGAUGUCAGGGGUGGUUGAUGCAAAGUCCUUAAUGAUCAGGUAUACGAUGGACUGCAUCGGCUCUUGCGCGUUUGGCAUUGAUACCGGUACGAUGCAACAGAAUCCAGAGAAAAACCCCUUUAUACAAAUGGGUGACAUAAUUUUCUCAACUUCGAAGCUAAUGGGAUUCAAGUUGGUUUUCCGCGCUAUUUGGCCGAAAAUCUUUUACUCUCUGGGAUUGAAGUACUUCCCGACAGAUAUAGACAAGUUUUUUACCAGUCUUUUGAUGGGGGUUUUCGAACAACGAGGCUAUAAGCCAACGGCGCGUCACGACUUCGUUGAUCUGGUGCUUGCUUUGAAGCAGAACAAUCACAUCGUCGGAGAUGGCUUGAAUCCGAAAUCCGAGGGAAACAAGAAAAUAGAAAUAGAACUCACGGACGACUUGCUCGUGUCACAAUGUAUUGUCUUCUUCGCUGCUGGAUUUGAAACGUCUGCAAGUACUUUAACAUGUGCUCUCUAUGAGCUUGCGAAAAACAAAGAGGCACAGAGACGAGCUCAGGAGGAAGUGGACGAGUACCUGCGCCGGCGCAACAACAACUUGGUUUAUGAGUGCGUGACCGAGCUGCCGUACAUUGAGGCGUGCCUGAACGAGACUACGCGGCUGUAUCCCGUGCUGCCGGUGCUCACGCGAGAGGUGGUGGAGGACUACACGUUCCCUUCAGGCCUGCAGGUGGACAAAGGCGUGCGCGUGCACUUGCCAGUGUACCACCUGCACCGCCACCCCGAGUACUUCCCCGAGCCCGACGCCUUCCGUCCUGACCGGUUCUAUGGGGACGCUAAGGACAAUAUCACACCCUACACUUUCUUCCCAUUUGGCGAGGGUCCGAGACAAUGCAUUGGUUUACGCUUUUCCAAAAUGCAGACAACGGUCGCCAUGAUCACUGUUCUGAAGAAAUACAACGUGGAGUUGGCUGAAGGCACACCCACCAAGCUGGAUUUCUACCCGUCCACGCUCUUGACGCAUCCCAAGAUAGCUAUGAAUUUGAAGCUCGUACCACGCUAUGAUUGGGAACAGAGAGAGUUCGCUUCGUAAAUCCUUCCGUUGUUACAUCUAUUUGUCGACUGACACGGGAUCAUCUCUCGUUGUUUUUUUGUAUUUAAUAUGCAUUGAGGUUUUUAAAUAUACUUAAAAAAAUAACAUUCAAAAUAAAGUGAAUACUUUAAGUACUAA